AUGGUAACACCAUUGUUGAAACCCGAAGUGAACAGUCGAGCCCAUAUGACAUGCCAAUCGCCAACAUCACCACUCAUACAAAGUCCCAGUCACCGACGCGCUGGCAGCUCACACCUUUUUCCUGACACGAUCUCACUUGAACUCGGUAACGCGCAACGACGAGAUAAGCAGCCGUCUUAUCUUUUCGUCAAAGACAAGUUACUCCAGUCGACACGAUGGCCGUAUUAUUUUCCAGCCAUACGCAAUAACUGCAACCGAUACACAUACCGCACCCAGUCCUUUUCCACGAUCCCACGCUAUCUCAAAGUGUUUCUACUGAUAGUGUGUUUUUUCCUGAUUUUAAGUUAUGUACCGUUAUUUAGCUUUGUCAGGGAAACCGACCUGUCUGAAACCAAUACCACGCCAUCGCCGCUUUCAGCCGCCGCCCAUGCCAAACCCAGACUGUGGCGGUCCGGAUCCACCACCGCCACCACCACUCGAAACCAAAUCAUCCUUUACAGAAUCAUCGGCAACGAUCUCCCACCACGACAUAAAGACGGUCAAACACUAUCGAACCUACGAUUUAUCUUGGAGCACGAACAGAAUUUUCCCGACACCAAGAAAAUCUUUGUACUGAAUCGGAUUGCUGAUGCUGUACGUGAGACGGCGCUUAUCGAAUUACUGGAUCAAUUCCAUAUGGACUAUAUUAGGAUUCCGUUUGUGGAACGCGAGUACCAGCAACUCGAUUUCCGGUUGGAGGAUUUCCCAGAACCGGACUUCCUACAUUCGGAUUACUACCGUCGGUUUUCCAAAGUGUCGAAACUACGAGCGUUGGACUACACUUAUCACGACAAAAAUGUUUAUGCGAUGAAUAACAAUGGCGGACGUAACGCGGCGUUGCACCAUGCGCGAACGAUCCCCAAUGCGCGUUGGAUUAUGCCCUUUGAUGGAAACUGUUAUCUUAGUGCCAAUGGGUUUCAAGAAAUCAAAACACAACUGGAUCGUUACGGUCAUAACACCAAAUACUUUAUCGUGCCUAUGACUCGUUUACUUAAUAACUCGAUUCUGCUGGAUGGCGUCGACGAACGUCCCAAAACACCCGAAGAACCUCAAAUCAUGUUUCGCUAUGACGCUAAUGAAGAAUAUAACUUGAAUAUGCGAUAUGGACGCCGUAGCAAGUUAGAAUUACUGUGGAGACUUGGCGCACUAGAGAAUCGGCGGUUAAAUCGUCCUAUAGUUCCUUGGGAAUUCGCUGAGCGAUCCUACAGUCAAGACAAGGGCAAUUUCCGUACGAUUGGAUGGGUAUAUCGUCUAUUCUCUGGGAAUCAGCAACAGGAGGAAAAUAAGAAGGAAGCCUCCUCGUAUCGUGCUUUCAACCGAUUAUUGGCAAUCCAGGCAUCCUUGGAUCACCUCGAUGAAACGAUUGCACGACGUCAUUUUCGACAAGAUAAAUUGUUUCUCUUUGAUGAAAAGGCCAUGGUUCAGCUUCGUUAUCGCUAUUGGAGUAAGGACACGGAUAUAAACGCUAUGAUGCAACAGUUGGCGAAGGUGGCCAAUGAUAUACUGAAGAAACGCGACGAAACCUAUGCAGCUGCCACUGCCGCCGAAGGCGAUGAAAAUACCAGUAUUUUGGCAGCCAAUCUUUCGAUGGUGGAACUCACACAGCAAGUGACCACGCUCACACUUGCGUACUAUUAUCUCGGAGAUGAACAAUACGGAAGGUACGCCGCCGAUCUCGUCAGGAUUCACAUGUUGAAAGACUAUACGGUGAAGGAACUCGAGUCGUAUAAACCGGCGCAAAUGCUCCGCGACACGGUCAGUCACCACCUGGACUUUCUUUUCGAUCAAGGCUACUCUUUCCCGAGCCUGCAUCAUUCCACUUGGACCACGCCGAAGCAACCGAAUUUGGCUAUUCUUGCCACCUCCGAUCUUUCGCGAGGGGAUCUGUCCCCGCUACUGGAUUGUCUCCGUUUGCUACGACGCGCAGAAAUGCUAACUCACAAAGACUAUCUGGAUUUGCAAGUCAUAGCAGCGGAGCUGUUGGAAAAUUUGAUCACGUCACCUACGGGGAUCCACUUGGCUCAACUCGCUGAUUAUCGCGGCAUUUUAUACGAUCUGCAGGUCACCGCAUUGGCGUCCUUCACCGAUGAUGUGCGUUUAUUUUUGCGCGUCGCUAAUCGAUGUCGAACGCGGAUUGGCAAGCAAUUUACGGCCGAUGGCGCGCAACCGUAUCAAGAAAGCUCGACGUAUGCUCGUUUCUCGCCUUCCCUUGCCGACUCGUCUUCUUCCGACACCAUGAGACGCAUCUUACUACAUUACGAAACCCUGAACCUUCAAUAUUGGACCUUGUUGACGCGGGGAAUCCAGAAUAUGGGUAUAGCCAAGGAUAUCUGGCAUUAUACGGCCAAAAACGGUGCCCGGGUGUCGCAUGCGGUGGUAGCCCACCUGAAAAAGCAUGCUACUCUUGUCUCUCAGGCGCCUGAGAAGGACGCGGCAUUUAUAACGUCUCGGUUGCGACCAUUAGUUCAUUUAGCCAAUGCUGCUUUUGCAGCCAGCAAUCACAGUUUAGCGCCGGCGGAUCAAGCGUGGAUGGAUCAACAUCGUACUUUAUUCGGUGACCCCUGGGUUUCCGAACUGGAGGCACAAACAAAUAACUUGGCCAGUGACGACGGUUCAUUGGAGGUAGCUGUUUCCAAUCAUCAGUUGAACGAAGACCAAAUUCAACCAAGAGAAGGGAUACCGCAGUUUUGGAUGUUAAGCAUCGCAUCUUAA